UCCGACUUCAUAGCCAACAUAUAAAAGUCAAUCACGGGCUAUCACAAGCUUUCAGCACCAACCAUAGCAAUCUCGCUUCAACUCUCUCAUCAUUUACUUUCUCUUUAAAUAAAUGCACUCUGCAGUGAUGGAAGAACUUCAUGUCCUCAUAAUUUCAACCUCCAAGAACGCAAGGACCUGAAGAACAGUGACAAACAAUUGAGAUCCCCAAAUCAAGGAUCAGGUUUCUGGUUUGCAUUGUUUUUUAAUCUUUUGAAUCGGCACUCCACAGAAGGUCAACCAUGAUAUCGAUCGUGGACAAAAUCGGCAUCUGGCUGGCGACCGCCGCGCUAGCCAUCCUGACCAUUUUUUUUAACAUGUACCUCAUGCUGGUGAUCCUGAGAGGCUACCGGAAGAAGCAAAAUCUAAACCCGUGCGACUUAAUCAUCGUAGCCAUCAAUGUGGCGAGCAUAGGCCUGCAGAUUUUUACAUACUUUUGGCAGUCCCUAGAUCAGAUCGACAUCUUUUGCUCAGUGGGCUUUUAUACCGCCAUAAUGCUGUCGCUUGUCUAUAGCACAAAGUUCAUCUUAUUCUGGUGCACCGCAUUUCUGACCUUCUACUACGGCACUAAACUGGUGAUGAGGCCUGUGGACUGCUACAAGCGCAUGCAGGAGACCAUCAUCAAACACGUUGGCCUUGUCCUGGUGGUGAUCUACAUAGGUGGUUUCAGCCACGGCGUGCCAUUACUGGCAUUUUUGUACGAUUACAACAUCACCUCCACCGUGAACGACUGCGGGUCCAUCAUGCCCGACACCGUCGGCGGACUGGUCUACGUCUUCUACUACGUCUUUAUCUCUGACAUCGUGCCGAGCAUCGUGAUGAUCAAAUCCAGCAUUUCUAUCAUGUUGCACCUUUACCACCAUCUUCAGGACAUGAAAGCGAGCACCAACGGCGCUCGCGGGCCCAAGCUGGGCACUCAGAUGCGGGUGAUUAAGAUGACCCUGACCCUGGUGGUUGUGUUUUGUAUAUUCGUGGUCAUGGACCUGAUCGUGCAGUCCACUGUGGUUCUGAAGAGGCAAAACACAGUCACGGUGACCGUUCUCGUCGCCAGCAUGUAUACCACGGUCAGCGCGGCCGUGAUGGUUUACGGGAAGAAAAGCCACUGGAAGGAACUCAUAAGCAGCUAUAACCUCUUUUUAGACGAGUACCCAUGCCUAACCGGUUUAAAGGUCGCUGAGGUCAAAACAGAACCUCAGGAGAACAGCAUUAACUAACCUUGAGUCCAGCCAGGCUAUAUAUGCACACGUUACUACUGUACAAACAAAAUAUGUUUGGGAGACACUAUAGCAGAACAUAUGUGCAUGUAGAUAGAGAAUCAAUGAAACUAAAUGCAGGUAAUAUUUUCAAUUAUUUAAUACU